CGGCGCCUGCGCGUGGGACAGAGGGAAGAAACAUGGCGGCUCCGAGCUUCCCCACACCGUUGCACGGGCACGUGGGCCGCGGCGCCUUCAUCAAUGUGUACGAGCCCGCGGAGGAUACGUUCCUGCUGCUGGACGCUCUCGAGACAGCAGCGGCCGAGCUGACAGGAGUGGAAAUAUGCCUUGAAGUUGGAUCAGGGUCUGGAGUGGUAUCUGCAUUCCUAGCCUCUAUGAUAGGUCCUCAAGCUUUAUACAUGUGCACUGAUAUCAACCCUGAAGCAGCAGCUUGCACUCUGGAGACAGCACACUGUAACAAAGUCCACAUUCAGCCAGUAAUUACAGACUUGGUCAAAGGCUUAUUACCAAGAUUGAAGGAAAAAGUUGAUCUUCUGGUGUUUAAUCCCCCCUAUGUAGUGACUCCACCUGAAGAGGUAGGAAGUCACGGAGUAGAAGCAGCUUGGGCUGGUGGCAGAAAUGGUCGGGAAGUCAUGGACCGAUUUUUCCCACUGGCUGCAGAUCUUCUGUCACCAAGAGGAUUUUUCUAUCUAGUUACCAUCAAAGAAAACAAUCCUGAAGAAAUUUUGGAAGCAAUGACAACAAGAGGUCUACGAGGAACUAUUGCACUUUCCAGGCAAGCAGGCCAAGAACUCCUCUCAGUCCUGAAGUUCACCAAGUCCUGACUUACAGUGUGUGCUGUGUAUUAUGCUGGAUAUGUAUAUGUUGAUAAUAUUUAUUAUAUUGAAUAUAUAUAUGAAUAUAUAGAGAGGGAGAAGCUGAAUGUAUUUGGCAUAUUUUGAAACUGAAGUCAUUUCUUGGUUAACAAGUGAAAUUGUCAGGUUAUAUAGAAAAAGUUGGGAAGAGGGGCACCUGGGUGGCUCAGUGGGUUAAGCCUCUGCCUUUGGCUCAGAUCAUGAUCUUAGGAUCCUGGGAUCAAGCCCCGCAUCGGGCUCUCUACUCAGCGGGGAGCCUGCUUCCCCCUCUCUCUGCUUGCCUCUCUGCCUCCUUGUGACCUCUCUGUGUCAAAUAAAUAAAUAAAACCUUUAAAAAAAAAAAGAAAGAAAGAAAAAGGUGGGAAGAACACAGCAUAGGUAGGUAGAUAAUCACUCCUAUGGAAAUAGUUGCAUAAGUGCUAGUAAAUGCAUGUAUGAUAUAUAUUAUUUGCAUUUUAUAUAUAAAAUCUGAACAGGAGUGAUGUAUCCAGCCACUAAACAUGAGUCAGUUCUGAAGAUGUUCUUAAUAUACCAUUAAGUGAAAAAAAAAUUACGGAACAGUUUAAUACUGUUGUAUACAUGUGUGUAUAAUUUUGAAACCCAGCAGAGAGGGUAUGUGUGUAUGUGAACAUACGGACCUCUCAGACGAUACAUGGCGGGAGGGAACAGGGGACUUUGCUCUUUUAUGGUAGCAUUUGCACAAUGAUAACAUAUGACUUGUUUAUUUGUAAAAUGUUUUCAUUUAAAAAUUAAUUUACUUUCA